AAAGGCCCCGGUCUCUUCUAUGUUCGCUCUCGCGUCGCUCCAUCAGCAAAAGAUAUUCUCUCCGAAGCCACAUUCAUGAGAUGGUACGAGGAACACGCCGAGGAAGUUGUGGACAAAUCUGGCAUUCAUUCCUUGUUCCGUUAUAAUGCGAUUAGUAAAACUAGCGCAUCCGAUGCAUCGAAGCCCUUCCUGACAUUUCCUGUUUUGGACGAUACUGGCUUCUUGUUGUCCGACGAAUUCAAGAGUAUCAGUCCGAUAAGCACAAUUUUGCCUGGCACGGGUAACGUGUAUGAGCUGGUUGAGUUUGAUGUCAACCGUUUGGCUUUAAGACAGAGUACAAUGAGCAAAAAGGGGAAUGGUGAAAAGGUAGCAAAGAGCAUCGUGACAGUCGAAAUUCAGCCGCCCACAGGCCUCGAGGCAGAUGAAAUAAAUGCUUUCUUCGACAAGCAGAUAAACACGCUGAAUGAAGAGUCGGGUUACACCCGUAGCCUUGUUUUCGAGAGUUGUUCCUCGUUUGCUAGUGCAGGGGGCAAGAAGCAGGAGGGUAGUGAGUUGGAGAAGCAGCACGAAUUACCGUCGUGGGUAGUGAUACAUACAUUUAGU